GUGCUGUCACGUCAACAUGAUACGCUUAAUAUUUGUAGGAGCCGCGAUAUUUCUGGUCAGCUGGUUGGUAACAUGGCUUUACCCUCUGGUGGCUUACUGGCGACGCGGAAACAAGUUUCCAGGGCCCAAGUGUCAGUCAUUUUGGGGGAAUUUAAAGGAGAUUCAGGACGCUGGCGGCAUGAGUGGAAUGAAAAAUGUUCUCGCCGCCAUGCACGCUAAGUACGGCCCGGUCGUGCGCCUUUGGCUGAACCCCGUGAGGUUGCUUAUAUCGGUGGAGGAUCCGCAGCAGGUUCGCAACGUGCUCAUGCACGCGCGCGAGCGGUCGCCGUUGUACUGCCGCGUGAUUGAAGCGUGUCUCGGGAAGAACUCGGCUUGCUUUUCCACCUUCAUUCAGCCCCGUGCCCGUCGCUCAUUCCUGGACUACCACUGCCGCACGACGCUCAAGUUCCAGGUGCACGAGGUGGCGUGCCGCGUGGCUGACGUCACCGCGCGCGAGUGGGGCGCUCUCUCCGCGUCUGGCGGCGAGCUGGACGUGACGCAGGCGUGCAAAGACAUGGUGGUGGGCGUUCUAGGAGGCUCCUUAUUCGGCCCAGCGUUCCCCGACUCGGACCUAAAGGACCGCGUUGCUGGGGACUUGGAGUUUUUCGCGCACUCGGUGCAGGAUUUCGCGAGCUUUAGCUAUCUUCCGGUGUGGCUGCCAGCGUACAAGAAGCUUAUGGGUGUAGCGGAGGAUUAUAGGGGGGCGAUUCACCAGCUUGUAUCGGGUACGUUUGCCAAGGACGUGAAACAGCAGAGGAAGGGGCAUGCCCUGUGGGGAGGCGACGCAGCCGAUUUCAACCCCGAUAGGUUCAUCCACUUCCGCUGGCACGGCGCUCAGCAGCAGCAGCAGCAGCACCAACAGCAGCACCACCCGCACCAGCAGCACCACCAGCACGAGCCCCGCUCUCACUCCUUCGCCAAACGCGACACCCGCGUGGGCGUGGGGCUCGGCCCAGUAAGCCACCGAGAAGCACCUCAGGGGUUCCCGGGGGUUGGAAUUGGGGGGGGAGGCGAGGAAGGAGGGAGGAAACCGGGGGAAGCAGCGGGUGCGAGAGGUGCGAGUCCGUGGAGGGAGGGGAGGAUGGUCCCGGGGCAUGACUAUGAGUUUGUGGCACCCGAGCCGGGGCCGCAGUUCCUCAUGUUUGGUGCGGGCGCUCGGUCGUGCGUGGGGCAGCGGCUGUCGCUGAAGAUCAUCCGCGCUGCUGUCGCCAUCCUGCUGCACCGAUUCGAGUUCUCCAUGUCGCCAGACAUGCCCAAGGAGUUUGACACGCGGCUCGAGUUCAUGGUGCUGCACCUGCACCCCACGCCGCGCCUCAAGCUUGCUCUUCCAUCUUCCAACAUGUCUUGCUGUUAUCCCUCCACCUUCCCUCCGCCUGCCCUCCUCCGCCUGUCCUCCCCUUUCGCUCCCUUUUCCACCUUUCCUCCCCUUUUCAUCCCCUUUUCCUCCUCGUUUCCUCUCCCUUUCGUCUACCUUUCCUUCCGCUUACCUCCUCCUUUCCUCCCCUUUUCCGUCCGCCUUGCCUCCCUCUUUCCUCCCCGUUUCCUCCUCCUUUCCUCCCCCUUUCCUCCCCCUUUCCUCCCCCUUUCCUCCCCCUUUCCUCUGCCUCUCCUUGGAUCUGGGCAACACUUUUUUCCUCGCAUCAUGUACCCCUUAGCUCUCUCACAGCAGCAUUACUACCCUCCAUAG